UUGUUUCUUUUUUCCCACCCCCAGCCCCCUCCGAUGCGCCACAGAGCGAUGCGAGUAUUCAUGAACGACGACCGCCACGUCAUGGCCAAACACUCCGCUAUCUACCCAACUCAGGAGGAGCUGGAAAGCGUACAGAAUAUGGUGUCUCACACAGAGCGAGCUCUCAAGGCUGUCUCUGACUGGCUGGAUAAACAGGAGAAGGAUACUGGCAAGGGCGAGCCUGAUGGCACCGAAGCUGAUAAAGAGAGUGAGCACAAGGAUCAGGCCACUCGUUCCCUGCGUGGCGUCAUGAGGGUGGGCCUGGUGGCUAAGGGCCUGUUGCUGAAAGGAGACCUUGAUUUAGAGCUGGUGCUCCUCUGCAAGGACAAACCGACCACCGGUCUGCUGAAGAAAGUCUCUGACAACCUCAUGAUGCAGCUCAAGAACAUAACGGAAGACAAGUACGUUGUAACCCAGAACAUCAGUGAGUCCAGCAUCGUCAUCCAGAACACCAAGGAGCCCCCUCUUACCCUCACCAUCCACCUGACGUCCCCUCUGGUUCGUGAGGAGAUAGAGCGGGCUGCCUCUGGAGAACUCCCCUUGGUCAAACUGUACCUUGUCUUCUUAUUCCACCUGCCAAUAGAAACGCUUUCAGUCAACGAUCCCCCGGAAGUUCUGGACAGGCAGAAAUGCCUAACUGCCUUGGCAUCUCUACGCCACGCUAAGUGGUUCCAGGCCAGGGCCAACGGGCUGCGCUCCUGCGUCAUAGUCAUUCGCAUUCUGAGGGACCUGUGCGCCCGCGUCCCCACCUGGUCCCCGCUCCGCGGCUGGCCGCUGGAGCUGAUCAGCGAGAAGGCCAUUGGCACAGGAAACCGGCCAAUGGGGGCAGGAGAAGCUCUGCGGAGAGUUUUGGAGUGUCUUGCUUCAGGAAUCCUCAUGGCAGAUGGUCCGGGAAUAUCCGAUCCGUGUGAGAAGGAGGCCACAGAUGCUAUAGGUCACUUGGACCAUCAGCAGAGAGAGGACAUCACAGCCAGCGCACAACAUGCCUUAAGGCUGUCGGCUUUCGGACAGCUUCACAAAGUGCUUGGGAUGGAUCCUCUUCCCUCCAAAAUGCCCAAAAAGCCCCGCAGCGAGGCUCCUAUUGAUUACACAGUGCAAAUCCCACCAAGCACAGCAUAUGCCCCACCAAUGAAAAGGCCCAUAGAGGACGAGGAAGGAACCGAUGACAAGAGCCCUAAUAAAAAGAAAAAAAAGCUGCAGAAGAAAUCCACAGAAGAGAAGGCUGAGCCCCCCCAGGCUAUGAAUGCCCUAAUGAGGCUGAACCAGCUCAAGCCGGGUCUCCAGUACAAACUGAUCUCUCAGACUGGCCCGGUCCAUGUUCCGGUCUUCACUAUGGCCGUAGAGGUGGACGGCAAGACGUUUGAGGCCUCUGGCCCAUCUAAACGCACCGCCAAGCUGCACGUAGCCGUCAAGGUGCUACAGGACAUGGGCCUGCCCACUGGCGUGGAGGCCAAAACUGACCCUGGGUCAAAAGCGGAGGAGGCCGAGGUAGUGACAGCCGUGGAGGAAGUGAAGCCGGUGGCCACGCCCCCGGAAACGACCAACGCCGCCACGGCGACGGCCAACGCAGACCGCCCCGAAGCCGCCGAGGCGGUCCGCCAGCAGGGCCCCAUCCUGACCAAGCACGGCAAGAACCCCGUCAUGGAGCUCAACGAGAAGCGGCGCGGCCUCAAGUACGAGCUCAUCUCGGAGACCGGCGGCAGCCACGACAAGCGCUUCGUCAUGGAGGUGGAGAUCGAGGGCCAGAAGUUCCAGGGCACGGGCUCCAACAAGAAGGUGGCCAAGGCCUACGCGGCGCUGGCCGCGCUGGAGCGCCUGUUCCCCGAGGGCUCCAUGCCCGAGGUCGCCAAAAAGAAGAAGGGACCGCCCAUGUUUGACUCUAAACGGAGCAUGUUUCCUCUGCAGCACUCUCCGGGCUUCGGGAUGAUGGGAGGCGGGGACGCAGGGGUGCCACGGGGGAGAGGGAGAGGAGGACGAGGACGCGGAAGAGGCAGAGGCUUCAAUAACGGAGGAGGCUACGGCCAAGGAGGUGGCUUUGGAACAUACGGUUAUGGGAACAACACCAACUCCGGCUACAAUUAUUACAACAAUGGUGGGGCAAACGGAGGAGCCGGGGUACUGAGCAGCCCGUCGGGGAUAUCUCCCCCCAACCCGGGACCAGGAUCAGCACAGCUGCCCUACGUCUCCUAUUACCAGGGCGACGGGGCCUACGCCUCCCCUUCCAUCCCCAAACCCCCCAAAAAGAAGCUCCCCAUGCACAAAGCUGGGAAGAUCGCCUUCCCAGGUCCCCCCGGAGGAAACCUGGGGCCUAUCGGGGGCUAUCCACCCAUCUCCUCCGGGCAGGGGACGUAUACCCAGUACGGACAGGCCAAGAAGAAUUUUAACCAGAACCAAGCGGGUUUCAGCAACCAGUCCGACUACAGCUCGCAUGGAAGCACUACCCAGGGCUUCGGCUCCAGUCAGUCUCCGUACCACGACCCCGUCUACGGCAGGGGAGACGGAGGGAUGGGUUACCAGUACAGAUAG